UGCCAUGGGAGUAACGCUCGGUGCAGUGAUUUUCUUGUGUGGUUGUAUGACUUACGUUGUUUCAACGGGCAAAACAACAAUAGCUUUCUCAAAGAACGACGUUAGAUAUGUGACGCUGUAUGUAAACGUCUUGAAUCCAUUAGACACUUGUGCAUCUGUGAAUAUAUCUGCUCCAGGCGUGGGGACAUUUGCAACGAGGUUUGAACUGGUGGAACCGAAAAACGUCACUGUCAUCGAAUUAAACAAUAUGGAGUUCGAAAUGACUGAAACGGGGAAAACUGACAAAGGCAUUCUCAUCCAGUCAAAUAUAAGCGAGAUUAUUAUUAUAGGACUUUCGUCAGCCGAUAAAAGUGCUGCAAUGUUCUAUGCUAGAAAUGCAACACAGCAUGGCAGUGAAUAUGUUACUCUAACACAUUGUGAGGAGGAUGAUAUUUGCCAGUUCGCGAUCAUUGCUGGAGAAGACAACACAAGUAUUGAAAUGCUCUUUCCUGAAUAUUUGUCUGGUUCUGUUCUGUUUGAUGGAACAGAGUACGGCCCUGGUGACGUCAUGGAUAUUACAUUACGCGAGUCGCAGACUUUCCAAAUCCAGUCAACGUUUGAUCUUAGUGGAGUAAACAUUUUGUCCACAAAUGGAAAUCAGUUUUCCGUUUUAUCUGGUAGUGCUUUCACUGGGGUACAAACUAGCACAACAAGGGAACACCUAGCGGAUAUGGUUCCUCCGGUAGAAGCAUGGGGAAACCAGUUCAUUCUGGUUCGUCGAAAUUUAACGGAUUAUCUACGUGAUGAAGUCAGAUUUGUUGCAGCCGGAAGUGGCGCUAACAUUUCAAUAUUUGGAUGUGGACCUGUUCUGAACCGCAGUAUUCCAGGAUUUCAAAUAUUCUUUUAUCGUAUGACGUGUGAACGAGUUCAUAUCAUAUCAGAUGAACCAGUACUUGUUGCUCAUUUUCCUGUUGGCAUUUACCACGGUGAUCCAGCGAUGUUUUUUCCUACACCCAUUCAUCAUUACGCCAGUGAAUAUUUCGUUUACAUUCCUCCAGGAUUCAGAGAAUGUGCCGUUGCUGUCGUUAUGGAGACAAUUCACACCAGUACAUUUGAUUUAACCCGAUUUACGGACUCAUUUACCGACUGGAACGAAAUAGAACACUCGGUUUACUCGACAGCAUGGUUAAAGAAUAUGAAAUCUGGUGUUCUUGAAAUAACUCAUACGUCACCAUUCGGAGGUCACGUGGUAUGUGAGCGGGAUUUUGCUAUGAUUGCGUUAACAAUCGGGUUAGGAAAUGUAACUUUAAACGGACCACAGUUAUACUCGCCCACAGCCAUUACUGAUAGUUCAUCAACACAGAGUGUUUAUGAAACAUCUAUUUCGACGGAAAGACCCUGAAUCUACACCUUUGAGUACUAGUACCAAUGCCUCCGUCACCAGUGUCAUCACCUCCAGUCAAAGGGAAUUAGAUUUACCUACACUAAACUGUUCCUGUUGUAGAACGAUAUCAUUUUCAAAUUCUGGUCUCCCAUCUGCUGAGGUGUUGGAGAUUAUUAACAAACUCAAGGGUACUCUUACAGUUCCUAGGAAGACCACCUCAAAUUACCAUCGUACUCUCACCAGUGUCUGGGAUGAAAGGCCAUCGUCGGCGGGAAUAGGUGCUUUAGGUAUCACAGUCCUUUGUGUAGUCAUUGGAAGCAUAGUGGCAAUGGACCUAGCAACUCUAUUGCAGAAGAGAGGAUGAUUGAAAUAUUGACUUUACUAUACAAUGUUAUUGUGACUGCAAUUUUGUUUCAUAUUUUCUUUUGAAAUAUCCUAAUGUAUUUGAAAUGUUAAGAUCUGUGCAUACCUGUUCCUUGUUCGGGGAUUCCAUUCACCAAAUCAUUUAAAAUAUAAAAUUAUCAAUGUCAUAUUUUUGAUAAAUGAACAAUGAUAGUGUGGGACUGUGUCCAAAUGGAAUUCCAAUAAGAGAAAUGAUUUCACAAUAGACUUUUAUAAUUGUGUAUAUAAACUUUCAUUGUAGCUUUAUAAAGACCAUAAUGGAAGCAGAAAAUUAUAUGCUAUUUAGAAUGUCCCAAAUCUUUGCAAGAAAGA